CAGUCCGUUCCCAAGUGCGCGUCCCCAGUGGCUUUUCGCUGGGCCAUAAUCGCCCCGCACUUUGCCUAUCCCGGCCCUAGCGGUUCAGGGUCCGCUGUAACUUUUGAACUUCUUCGCCAUCAUCUCUGACGCGUCCAGCUCUGCGCUCUCUCUGUCGUCGCCAACCAUGUUACUCUGUAAGUUGUGCGCCGCCAAGCUCUCCUCGCUCGCUAGCAAUUGCCAUGCCCUCGUCUGCCUCAUCUGCAAAUCAAUCGCACCCAACACUAACAGCCAUAGUCUGCCCAACAUGCAGCAACAUGCUUCGCGUGUCCAAAGUACCCCCCGGUGACCCUACAACCGAAGACUCUGUCGGCCAAAACCGUUUCGAAUGCCUUACUUGUCCCUACCACUUUGUAAUCAACAAACGUUACUACGAGCGCAAGUAUCUGAAGAAGAAGGAAGUCGAAGACAUUUUGGGUGGAAAGGGUGCCUGGGAUAACGUAGACAAGACAGAAGUCCAAUGUCCCAACGAGAAGUGCCGGAACCACGAGGCGUACUGGUACCAGCUACAGAUUCGUAGCGCUGACGAGCCAAUGACCGCCUUCUACAAGUGCACCCAAUGCGCGAAAGAGUGGCGAGAAUGAUUUACGAAUCGCGUCAGAUAUCAGGAGUUUGGAAGCGGAGUUCUUGCUUUAAUAUACCCCGGUUGCAUUUGGUGAAUAGAUAUAAAUCUCAAUCUAACUUGCAGGCGCCACUCGCGCUU